GGGGGUUCAGUCUCUUUGGAGUUCUGGCCAGGCGGAGCUAGCAGACGGUGUGCGUGUGCCCGCUUCGUGUCUCGUUGAAUCCUCGGCGCCAACUACCUUGUUUACAGUGUGUGUUUGUGUCUCAGUUUCCUCCGAGAACCGCAAAAAUGUCUUCCAAGGCGGUUGUCUCCUCCAGCAAAAUCUCUAAGAUUUCUUCAUCCAGUUCUAGAACUCAGGUGAUCUCCUCCUCGUCAUCAUCUCAGAAAGUGUCCUCGAAGACCUACUCUUACCGCGCUGGAGCGGCACCCGAUGACAGCAAUGUUACCAUCGAGUACAUCACCGACAUCAGCAACAUCUCCCGCAUGGAGGACAAGAUCCGCCUGCUUAUGGAGGACAUCGAGUACGAGAGGGAACUCAGGCAGAGGGUUGAACGAGAGAAGGCUGACCUCAGUGUUCAAGUGAUCCAACUCUCAGAACGAAUUGAGGAGGUCGAAGCAGGCGCCGAUGGACAGAUUGAGAUCAACAAGAAGCGGGACGCGGAGCUGGCCAAGCUGCGGAAGCUGUUGGAGGAUGUGCAUCUGGAGAGCGAGCAGACCCACCACAUGCUCAAGAAGAAACAUCAGGAAGCGGUCAUCGACUUCCAGGACCAGAUCGACAUUCUCACUAAAGUUAAAACUAAGAUUGAGAAGGAGAAGGCAAAGUACCAGCAGGAGGCCCUGGAGUUCUCAGACCAGCUGGAGAAGGUAACUCUCGAGUCUGCGAACUACCACAAGACCAUUAAGAGCUUGAGCAUCACCAUCCAGGAGCUGAACAUCAAGAUCGAGGAGCUGAACCGCACCAUCGUCGACAUCACCUCCUCCAAGCAGCGCCUCAGUGUGGAGAACGUGGAGCUGACCAAGAGCGUCCAGGAACUGAAGGUCAAGAUUGAAGAGGUCAACUACACUCUGCGCUCCAGCGGCAACACCCUGGAGGAAUACAGGAGGAAAUUCGACGCCGAAGAAGCACGCCGUCGUAAGCUGGAGAGCGAAAUCAGCGCCCUCGCCAACGAACUCAAUUCUCUCAGGAGGUCCUACGAGGAGGAGUGCGAGCUCCGCAUCGACAUCGAGCGCAAGUUCAGCAGCGAGUCGGCUCUCGUCCUUCAGUACAAGAGCAAGUACGAGCAGGAGUGUCGCGCUCACCACGAGGACGUCGAGGAGAUCAAGAAGAAGUUGCACAUCAGGAUCGUGGAGCUGGAGGAGCAUUGCAGCAGUCUCUCGCAGAAGGUCACCGCCCUCGAGAAGCAGAAGAGCCGCCUCUCACAGGAGAUCGAGAUCAUGAUCCUUGACCUUGAGAAGGCCAACGCCAACCACCGCGAAGUGAAGGCGCGACUGGAAACAGUGGACCGCGAAUACAAGACGUUGCUGGUGAAAUACGAGGAACUAAACCUGUUGUACGAGCAGACGAGCAGGGACCUCAAGGUGCGUGUGGCUGAGUACAACAAGGUCUCCAGCGAAUACGAGCACGUCAAGGAACUGUAUGAGAAGGUCUCCCUCGACUACAAGAAGGUCAAUGCUGAGAACAGUGAACUGAAGGGUUCAGUGGGCGACCUGGCUCGCCUCAAGCAUGACCUUGAGCAGGAGAUCCGUCGCCUGGAAGCUGAGAGGAACGAGCUGGCCAACGCUCUCCACGAGUCUGACAAUGCCCGCAAGGAGGAAGAGCACCGCUUCAUCAAGAUCAGCAACGAAUACCAGAGCUACCGCGUGGAAAUCGAGAAGCGCCUUCACAUCCGCGAGGAGGAGCUCGAGUCCCUCCGCAAGCAGAUGGCCAUCGAAGUGGACAACCUCAACGCCCGGGUGAUCGAGGCCGAGACCCGCCUUAAGUCCGAGGUGACCAAGAUCAAGAAGAAGAUGCAGAUCACCAUCACAGAGCUCGAGAUGAGCCUCGACACCACCAACAAGUCCAACAUCGACCUCCAGAAGACCGUCAAGAAGCAGGCCAUCUCCCUCCAGGAGCUACAAGCCCACUACGACGAGCUCCAGCGACAGCUCCAGCAGACCCUGGACCAGUAUGGUGUGGCCCAGCGCCGCAUCCAAGCUCUCACAGCAGAGUACGAGGAAGCCCGCGCCAACUUCGACGCUGCCAUCCGCGCCCGCCGCUCUGCAGAGUUGCAGUACGAGGAAGCCUCCGCCCGCCUCAAGGACCUCACCACCAUCAACGUCAACAUCAGCAACGCCAAGGCCAAGCUGGAGCAGGAGCUCUGUGUCAUCGCCGGGGACUACGACGAAGUCAGCAAGGAACUCAGGCUGAGCGAAGAGAGACUCAGCAAGACCACCAUCGAGCUGAAGAGGUCCAUCGAACUCCUGCACGAAGAACAGGAGCGUUAUGUCAAGAUCGAGUCCAUCAAGAAGUCCCUCGAGGUCGAAGUCAAGAACCUCACCAUUCGCAUCGAGAACGUCGAAGCCAAUGCCCUGGCCAGCACCAAGAGGAUGGUAUCCAAACUCGAGGCCCGGGUUCACGACCUGGAGCUGUCCCUGGACGAGGAGCAGCGUCGUCACCAGGAGACCAUCAAGAUCCUGAGGAAGAAGGAACGCAACGUGAAGGAACUGGUUCUGCAGUGCGAGGAGGACCACAAGAAUAUCCAGAUCCUGCAGGAGACCCUCGACAAGACCUACGAGAAGAUCAACAUCUACAAGCGCCAGCUCAACGAACAGGAGUCUGUGUCGUCGACCAACUUGACCCGCGUGCGCAGGUUCCAGCGCGAGUUGGAGGCGGCUGAGGAACGCGCAGAGACCGCCGAGAGCAACCUGUCGAUGAUCCGCGCCAAGCACCGCACCUUCGUCACCUGCCAGACGACGCAGCUGCCCGGAGGAGAGACUGUGGUGGUGAAGGAGACUAUCACCCAGAACUAGAGGGCUUCAGAGCUUCAAGUCACCCUUACAUACCCCCCACUUCAAUAACAAUAUACCGUGUCUAUUGUCUUAAUCGUGAUAGACAUUGUCAGAAUUAUCUCUCUCUUGCUAAGAGAUUUUUUAAUUUAAGAAUCUAUUAAUGUUAAAAUUACUUUAAUACUAACUUGAGAAAAUGUAAGACGAAUCUUCUAUGGGAUGUAAUAUCGACCUAUAUACAUUGUAACCCAAAACACACUGUAAUUCAUCCUCAGACUUAUGUAUUUAAUUUGUUUGUAAAUAAUUGGAUGUAAUAAAUGAUUUGUCAUACAGCAACGCGUGUGAGUACUAUAGCUUAAGGAACCCGCGAUGCAAUGGGUUGGUAUGGGACAACGCGAGUCUUCAGCGGCCACCGGUGUUGAGCUCGGGGGAGCAAUUCGGAGAUACAAGAGAAAGUCCCAACAGAGUCUACCCUGAAGGCGGGAAGCUCUCUCCCAGGCGGGAAGCUUCCUCUUAGGGGGUUCAUGUCUGCUCCACGGACUUUUAGAGUUUAAACCAUCGCCAGGGAGACUCUAUAUGAACAAUAUUAAGCUCGUUGAAGAGAUAUUUGUCUAGCAUUUCUCGAAUUAUUGCUGCAUUGAAUUCAGGAUAAUGGUACAAUGCUAUAAUUAGCACUCUGUGUCAAUCAUGUUGAGCCUUUUAACCUUGAACUUUUGUGGUCAUUAGGUGGACCUUGAAUUAUUUUGGGUCAUUACAAAAUGGGCCUUGACCCAUGUGGGUCAUUACGAGGUUGACCUUUUGGGUCACUACGAAGUGUAGCUUUAACCUCUUGGAUCAUUACGAGGUGUUCCUUGAAACUGGUGGGCCAAUACAUCUUGAGCCAUGAGAGUCAUUAUGAGGCAGACCUUGAAUCUUGAGGGUCACUACACGGUGAACUUUGAACCUUGUAGGUCAUUACAAGGUGUUCUUUGAACCUUGUGGGUUAUUGCAGUGAACUUUGAUUCUUAUGUCGUUAUAAGAACCAAUCUGAACCUUGAGCACCAUUACAAGGUUGACCUUAUGUAGGCCUACCAUUACAAGGUGUACCUGGACCCUUGUCGAUCGAUCAACAAGGAGAGUGGCCAAUACCCUGGAGGUAAUGUAGCAUGAUGGGCCGGGAUACUACGACCACUGACUCUGGAACACCACAACCCCGAGGUCUUCCCCCCAAGGUUCCGCCUCCGCCCCCAGGCUGGGGUCUAUUGGGGCUGGUGCGGACACCUUACUGGGACUUUCCUCCACCAUCAGUGCUAAUAUAAAGCUCUGGGUUUAUGGAGGGUUGGAGUCAGAGCGCGUCGAGUAGUGUGGCUGGGAUGUAAACACACUCUUGCCCACAGCGCCCGACCUCAACACUGGAUGUCUCUAGACACGCGCACUUCGCUGAAAUUUAUAUUCAACUUUGCAAUAAAUCGCAUUUUGGCUUGCAGGUGAAUGCACGGGUGCUUAGUAGUGAAUCGAUACGCUAAUUAAAUAGAUCAGAGGUUACGGCCAGCCAGGGAAGGCGGGUCCCUCAGACUCUUCGUUCCCAACGUUCGUACCAACACGACUUUUAAAUUAGAUCACAUAUUUCAGAUACACAGCGAUCAGUCCAAUGUACGUUGGUCACAGGUGUUCUACUGCAACGUAUUGCAUUAAAUCUUAGGUACUCAUAUUUUGGUUCAAAUAUAAACGGGAUUACACUUGUAACUUGUAUAUGGAUUCAGAUGAUUCGUAUCCUAAUAUUUGAACCUUGACUCCGUGACAAACCAACAAUUUUUUUGUAUGCAUGCAUCGUUUAUGUAAUAUUACCAAAGAAUUCGGAUUUAUGAAUAUUUUAACUCAAUUUUUAAUCUGGAUUCCACCUCUUUAUAUCUAAGAAUACUUUCUUAAACGUCUAAUAGCCAAUCUCUACGGCUUAUAGUUUCCCAAGGCCGCUCUGGAGUGUAUGAAUCUACUUUCAAUUGUUAAUCUUGAACAAGCACUGCUGAUUUAGAGCAAAAUCUAAUGAUAUACAGAUUAUUUAUAUUGAACGAUAAAGCAGGAGAAUGACAAAUUGGAGACAGUGAAUAUCCUCAUUUUUAGGAAAACAAGAAAUUAAACAACGAGGUCUCUUUGUUGUAGUGGUGAACAGGACACCGCCACAGGUAGUGUGCGACGACGAAGCUAGCGUUUCCCAGUGUCUCUGUGUCACGGUGUCUGUCACAGUCUGUGUCAGUCUGUGUCACAGUCUGUGUGUCACAGUCUGUGUGUCACAGUGUCUGUGUGUCACGGUGUCUGUGUGUGUCACAGUGUCUGUGUCUAUGUGUGAAUGCCACAGUGUGUCUCACAGCGUCUGUGUCUCACAGUAUCUGUGUGUCAAUGUGGCACAGUGUUUGUGUGGUCACAGACGCAGUGUUAGUCUCCCCGUAUAUCUCUCUUUCUCUCAAACUUUCUCACAACAGGCUUCCCGGGGUACACAGCCUUAGUCGCGCAAGUGGUGUUUAUUUGUGUAUUGUAAAGCUACUAAUGAUCCUGUGGGGUCAACAAAAAAAUAAAGAAAGUCAAUAAAAGAGCUUAGUCUUCC